AUUCGAUGAUAUUCAAGAUGAGGCCAUUAUGCGAAAUGGUUUUCCCGUAGCCCAUUCUAUUUAUGGACUUCACAACUCAAUAAACGCUGCAAAUUAUUUACAAUUUAUUAUUUGUGAAAAACUUAUUAAUUUACAUCCCAUGGCAGUUAAAAUUUUCAUUGAACAGAUGAUGGAAUUCUAUAGAGGUCAAGGAAUGGAUAUAUAUUGGAAGGAAAAUUUCAUCUGCCCAACAGAAAAAGAUUACAAUAUUUUAGCAUUAAGAAAGAGUGGUUGGCUAGUCAUACUGGUGAUAAAAUUAAUGAAACUAUUUUCUACUUUUGAAGAAGACGUCUUGUCGCUAGCAAGUACUAUGGCAUUGUAUCGCCAGAUAUAUGACGAUUAUAGCAAUUUACAUCACGAUAAGGAUACUAACGAGAACAGUUAUUGCGAUGAUUUGACCGAAGGAAAAAUGAGUUUCCUAAUUAUUCAUGCGCUUAGAAACAAUCCUGACGAUCAGAAAAUAAUAAAUCUUUUAAGACAACGAUCGAAAAAUAUUGAAGUAAAACGUUACUGCGUUAAAGUAUUAGAGAGUUACGGUUCAUUUAAGUACGCAAAAGAUGUACUUGAUGAAUUGGAAAAAAAGAUGAGAACCGAAAUUGAUCGUUUAGGUGGCAAUCCGAUCUUUGUGAAACUUCUGGACGACGUAAAGAAUAAGAUGUCGAAAACACGUAUCUAA